UAUCCACUCCUGGCUUUACUGACUGCUGCCCCAGUAAUAAACAACCCAGAAGCUGAAUACAUCAAUAAAUAAAUAAGGCUAUUUUAAGAGGUGACAUGAACCUUGAAGAGUAUUUUGCGAGAACUGGCUAUAAAGGUUCCCUUGAAAAACAAGAUUUGGAAACACUAACCGAUAUAUUCCAGCACCACAUCCGUGCUGUUCCCUUUGAAAACCUCAGCAUCCAUUGCGGGGAGAAAAUUACUUUGGAGUUAGAGCACGUUUAUAACAAGAUCGUGCGGAAGAAGCGGGGUGGCUGGUGCAUGGAAAACAACCAGCUGUUGGGCUGGGUCCUGAAACGCCUGGGGUACGACGCCAGCUUUCUGGGAGCAUACGUGUUCAAUCCACAUCAAAACGCAUACGCCACCAUCAUGACCCAUCUCCUCGUAAAGGUAGUUAUCGAUGGCAAAGCCUAUAUCGUUGACGGAGGCUUUGGUGUAUCCUAUCAGAUGUGGCAACCGAUGGAGCUUGUGUCGGGGAAAGACCAGCCCCAGGCUCCCGGCGUCUUUCGCUUCACAGAAAAAAAUGCCAUCUGGUACCUCGAGAAAAUGAGACGGAAACAAUACAUCCCCAAUCAAAAUUUCUCUAAUUCUGAUCUUCUGGAGAAAAAAGAGUGUCGGAAAGUUUACAUGUUCAGCCUCGAGCCACGGACAGUGGAAGAUUUCCGUUCCCAGUGCACGUACCUUCAGACGUCUCCCGAUUCCCUCUUUACAAAGAAGUCCAUCUGCACCUUGCAGACCACUGACGGCUUUCGAGCGCUGAUUGGGUGGACGCUCACCGAGACCACAUACAACUACAAGGAAAAUAUGGAUCUGGUGGAAUUCGUAACUCUUGAAGAUGAAGAGGUGGAAAAAACCCUCAAAGAGAAAUUCAACAUAACCCUAGAGAGAAAACUUGUCCCAAUUAACGUCAAAGGAUUUUACACAAUCUAGAUGACCAGAAAAACCUACAAUAAUGCUACGUAUGUACAGUACCUUCCACAGUCUGCACAAUCACUACUGUAAGAUUGUGGGAUUCUUUUGCAGGCGAUCGAAGGGAAAAUACAUUAAUACCAGAUUAAAGUGAAUUUCACUCCGGGAAAAAUCAGGAAUUUAAGACUCUUCUGUCAGGUAGAUAGAAUUAUUUGCUGUGAGAUGACUGCAGUUCAAUUUUUGGCACAAAUGUAGGAUCUGAUUUGAAUCUGGUUAUAAACUUGGGUAAUAAAUAUGUCUGGGGAAUUUUGGAGUGCCUAUAGCACAUAAAUAGGAGUAUGGAUUAUUAAUUGUGAUAUGCUGCCAACACAUUUUCUACAGUUAUUAUAGGGAGAAAAGUCAUCUGUGAGCAUUUAGACAAUGAAGUACACAUUUAAAACUCCAUUUUUUACAAGAUCUAACCACUUGCAGCUCAUCUCAUUUCUCUACUUUUAAUAUAAGUAAAACAAUGUCAUCUUUGAAAGGGGCAUUAGGAGGCAUAAUUCUUUCACCAUCACCCUUAGACAAAACAGUACAAAAUGAAAAUUGUCAUCAUGUGCAUCCCUUUUGCCAUUACUGCAGUAAACUGCCCGAAGUAAUUUUUGGUAUGUAUGUAUUUUUCCAGUGAUGAAAAUUGUAUGUAUUGCAGCAUUAUUGUG